UCUCAAUGUUUCCUCUGGGCAUGCAGUUGGCCACCUGCUCUGGUGGGUCUUGUUGUCUCUCCAGUGAGUCCUCUUGGACAAGAGAAUCCAAGCCAUUCCAGGCAGGCUCCAUCCAUGGGUUGCCCAUCUAGAGCUCAGGAACUGCCUCUUUUCCAAAGAGGAACCCAAAGGAAGACUGGUCACCUCUUGCAAAUCUCAAAACCAUGGCUCAGAAGCAGAGCUGGGACAAAAAUGCAUUUCCUCAAAUGAGAAUAUAUUACUGCAUGAACUUUGCUUGUUUAAAUAAAAACAGUCAAGAUGGAGAUGGAAUUGAUGUUGCUUUUAGCAUCAGUGUCAUUCAAAGAUGUGACUGUUGACUUCUCUCAGGAGGAGUGGCAGCACCUGGAUCCUGCUCAGAAGACUCUCUACAUGGAUGUGAUGUUAGAAAACUAUUGCCACCUCAUCUCUGUAGGGUGUCACAUGACCAAACCUGAUGUGAUCCUCAAGUUAGAACGAGGAGAAGAGCCAUGGACAUCAUUUACAGGUCAUACCUGCUUAGAAGAAAAUUGGAAAGAUGAAGACUUUUUAGUGAAAUUCAAGGAAUACCAAGAUAAGUUUUCUAGAUCAGUUGUAUUCAUCAACCACAAAAAACUGAUUAAAGAGAACAGUAAUGCAUAUGAAAAGACAUUUACUUUAAGCAAAAACCCUAUUAAUUCAAAAAAUCUACCUCCUGAAUAUGAUACUCAUGGAAAGAUUUUUAAAAAUGUUUCAGAAUUAAUCAUCAGCAAUAUAAGUCCUGCAAGAAAGAGACUUAGUGAGUAUAAUGGAUAUGGGAAAUCACUUCUCAAUACUAAACCAGAGACAGCUCAACCUGGAGUCAAAUCCCAUAAUCAGCGUGGCAGGGUUGUCAGUCAUAAUGACGUACUUAUACAAUAUCAUAAGGUGGAAACUCCAGCACAGCCAUUUGGAUAUAAUGACUGUGAGAAAGCCUUCCUUAAAAAAGGAGAAUUAAUUACACAUAAUAGAGCUUACAUAAGGGAAAACCCAUCUGAAUAUAAUAAAAGGAGAAGAACAACGAAUAUUGAAAAAAAACAUACAUGCACUGAAUGUGGGAAGUCCUUCUGCAGGAAGUCAGUAUUGAUUCUGCACCAGGGAAUUCACACAGAGGAAAAACCCUAUCAGUGCCAUCAAUGUGGAAAUUCAUUUAGAAGGAAGUCAUAUCUCAUUGAUCAUCAAAGAACUCACACAGGAGAGAAACCCUUUGUUUGUAAUGAAUGUGGUAAGUCCUUCCGCCUAAAGACAGCCCUCACUGAUCAUCAGAGAACACAUACAGGGGAAAAAUCAUACGAAUGUCCACAGUGUAGGAAUGCCUUCAGAUUGAAGUCACACCUCAUACGUCAUCAGAGAACUCAUACAGGAGAGAAACCAUAUGAGUGUAAUGACUGUGGGAAGUCCUUCCGCCAGAAGACAACACUCUCUCUACAUCAGAGAAUUCAUACAGGAGAGAAACCCUAUAUUUGUAAAGAAUGUGGGAAGUCCUUUCACCAGAAGGCAAACCUUACUGUACAUCAGAGAACUCAUACGGGGGAAAAGCCCUAUAUUUGUAAUGAAUGUGGGAAAUCAUUCUCCCAGAAGACAACCCUCGCUCUUCAUGAGAAGACUCAUAAUGAGGAGAAACCCUAUAUUUGUAAUGAAUGUGGGAAGUCCUUUCGCCAAAAGACAACCCUUGUGGCACAUCAGAGAACACAUACAGGGGAAAAAUCCUAUGAAUGUCCUCACUGUGGGAAGGCCUUUAGAAUGAAGUCAUACCUCAUUGAUCAUCACAGAACUCACACAGGAGAAAAACCAUAUGAAUGUAAUGAAUGUGGGAAAUCCUUCAGUCAGAAGACAAAUCUGAAUCUGCAUCAGAGAAUUCAUACAGGAGAGAAACCCUAUAUUUGUAAUGAAUGUGGGAAGUCCUUUCGCCAGAAAGCAACUCUCACUGUACAUCAAAAAAUACAUACAGGACAGAAAUCCUACGAAUGUCCUCAGUGUGGGAAAGCCUUUAGCAGGAAGUCAUAUCUCAUUCAUCAUCAAAGAACUCAUACAGGAGAGAAACCAUAUAAAUGUAAUGAAUGUGGGAAGUGCUUCCGCCAGAAAACAAAUCUCAUUGUACAUCAGAGAACUCACACAGGAGAGAAACCCUAUAUUUGUAAUGAGUGUAGUAAGUCCUUCAGUUAUAAGAGAAACCUCAUUGUCCAUCAGAGAACUCACAAGGGAGAAAACAUAGAAAUUCAAUAAAUGAUAUGAUCUCUUUGUGAAGCCUUUCCAAGUUAUUGUAAAACUUUAGUUUAAGGAAAAAAAGCAUGCUAAAACAUUUUAAUAAGGUAAUUUUAAUCACAAAUGUAAUAGUAGUUAAAGUACCAACCACAGAACUGUCUGCUGUUUACUAGCACAUGUAAUGGAUAUAAUCAUUGUUAAUCGAACUUUAUCAGAAAUGAAGCUAAUUUUUUAAGUUUUCAAGUUCUGUUCACUUAGAUUAUUUUUUUAAAGUGCUUACAUAAUAUAUGCAGAGGCAAGAUACAAAUGGUUAUAAUAUCAGUCUCCAUAAAAGAAAGAAAGUAUGAAAUAUAUUUCUCCUUGUGCUCUGGAAUAAAGAAUAACUGUUAUUUCCCCAAAGAUUACCAUGUCCCUGGCUUAUAACAUCAUGAAGCAGUCUUUGCAUGUCUAAAUUUUAUGUUUUAUCAUAUAUCAUGAAUUAUUUUGUGUCUUGUCUCAACAUUUUUAAGAUUCAUACAUUAUUGCAUGUGGCAGUAAUGUAUUCAUUUUCACUGUGCAUACUCUUCCAUUUUAAGAAUAUACCACUAUUUAUCCUCUUGAUGGAUGUUUGUAUUUUUAUAAAUUUGUGUUGUAAUAAAAAUACUGCUCUAAAUGCUGUAAAUAUUCUGUGUAUGUGUGUAUGUAUAUUUCUGUUGAUCUUAUAGUAAGAUGAAUUACUCAGUCCAAGGGUGUAUGUAAGUUUUUUUCAGCUAUGGUAGAUACUGCCAAACAUCUCAGACCUUUCUUAAUAUGAGGUGAUUAACUUUGGAAAGUAACAGCUCUGAUUGUAAGCAAUGUGGAGAAAGGUCUUUAGCAGUCAUUCAACUAGAGAAUUUUACUUUAAAAAAUCCAUAUAAUAUUGUAAUUGUAAGAAGACUGUUAGUCAUGAAUAUCUGAAUGUAACAAAUCUAGAAAGACUCACUAUGGCUUAAAUUACACAAAGCUAGAGAAUUCAUAUUGGAAUGAAUCCUAUAGUUGUCAUGAUUAUAGGAAUACUUUUAGCCAUAGCAUACACCUUAUUUAACACCAUAGAAUUCAUACUAGAGAAAGGGAGGUUAAGAAAUGACAAAGAUGAGUAAAACUUGGGAAUAUAAGUCACAGUAGACAGAAUUGUGAAAUAACACACACACACACACACACACACACACACACACACACACAACUAAGCCUUUUAUAUAUUUAUCUCAGGAAGUGUGGGUCUCAAUUCCCAAUGGAAAAAUCACUGGAGAGAUAUUGAUGUUUUAGAAUUGGAAAUCUGCUAACACAUUAAUGUCUAUAGCAUCUUUUCUAUGAAAAUAGUAAGUUCAACACCUUGAACAGUUUUACUGAAGGCCCUUGAUUAUUUGUAACAUAUGUUUACUACAUAUAUUGUUACUGUGUAUAAUAAAAUGCAUUUAAAAUUUAAAUAAGCUUACCCCCCGCCCCCAAUUUGGGCCCUCUGCCUUACAGAAAGGGACAGCAAUUGCCAGUGGAUAGUAAAUGGAAACCUGCUUGUCCAGGGCUUGUAGAUAAUUUGAGAGAGAAAAACAAAAAACGACAGUGGGUAAUGAGCAAAUUCAGACAUGACAAAUAUUUAGACUUCAAAGGAUCUAAAAAUUAUAGUGCCUUGUCUGACCAGACAGAACUUUGUGAAAUUUAGUCUUUACUAGUAACUAUUUACAUUUCGAGGAUUUGUUUGUUUCGUUUUGUGGUUUCUUUUUGAGGGCAGGAUGAACAUACUAAAAAUAAGUAGGUAAGAUUACAGGGUCUAUAUUCAUAACCAUGAGAACCUGGUAAUAGUUUCAUUUGAAUAAAUCUAUAUUUGUAUAUGAAUUAAUACUAUUUAUUAUAUGUUAACAAUGGCAACUAACAAUUAUACUCAAGACGGAGGAUGCAAAUCUACCCUUUUUCCUGGAUAUUUAAUGACUGGGGAGGUGUGGUAUAACUGAAUCUGUUCUAACCUCAACCAACCAAUGUUGGGACUGUGAGUCACUUUUUCUUGGAUAUUCUACUCUCCUUUGUUUCGUCUCUCAUAUGUAUUU